CGCUUGAACGUUCUGCGCUCCCGGAGCUGCUGUCAUCGUUUUACCGGGAGAGGCGAAGGGCAUCCGGGAUACUGGGCGCAAGCGGAGCCGCUGAGACCUUUCUGGAGUGGACGUGCGAGCAUCACUUCCUGUCCUCGGACCGAGCCGAGCGGAGUUUAACUUCCUGUCGUUGUCGUGAGGACGUCCGGCCCGUCGGACCGACCGCCGCCACCGUGCGUGUGACACGUUAAGGACUUACCAUGCACCGUUUAAGGACUUGUGCGGCGCGGUUGCGCCCACUCACCGCCUCGCAGGCGGUACAGACUGUCGGCCAGCAGCGGCCAAUCAGAGCAGCCUCCUCAGUUAGCACAAGGACGUUUCAGCCAAUCAGGUGCUACGCUGCGCCUGUGGCCUCGGAGCCGUUCCUAAACGGGACGAGCUCCAACUAUGUGGAGGAGAUGUACUACGCCUGGUUGGAGAACCCCAAGAGUGUUCACAAGUCCUGGGACGUGUUUUUCCGAAACGCCAAUGCCGGCGCUCCUCCUGGCUCCGCCUACCAGUCUCCUCUGGAUCUGUCGGCGGCGGCAGGCCUCGGCCUUCCUCGGCUGUCCUCGCUUGUCGGAGCCCAACCCAACGUGGAGAAGCUGGUGGAGGACCACCUGGCUGUCCAGUCGCUCAUCAGGGCCUACCAGAUCCGAGGGCACCAUGUGGCCCAGUUGGACCCCCUCGGCAUCAUGGACGCUGACCUGGACUCGUGUGUUCCCACUGACAUUAUCACCUCCUCCGACAAGCUGGACGGGUUCAAGAACAGGCUGAGGCUGCUGACGGUGGGAGAGUCAGACUGUCACUCUCAGUUUCGGGUGGUCUGCAGUCAGAUGGGUUUCUACGGCCUGGAUGAGUCGGACCUGGACAAGGUGUUCCGGCUGCCCACCACCACUUUCAUCGGAGGCUCAGAGACGGCGCUGCCGCUGAAGGAGAUCAUCCGCCGCCUGGAGAUGGCGUACUGUCAGCACAUCGGUGUGGAGUUCAUGUUCAUCAACGACCUGGAGCAGUGCCAGUGGAUCCGAGAGAAGUUCGAGACCCCCGGAGUCAUGCAAUUCACUCUGGAGGAGAAGAGGACUCUGUUGGCCCGCAUGGUCCGCUCCACCAGGUUCGAGGAGUUCCUGCAGAAGAAGUGGUCCGCAGAGAAACGGUUCGGACUGGAAGGAUGUGAGUCUCUGAUCCCGGCUCUGAAAACCAUCAUUGAUAAAUCCUCCGAGAACGGACUAGAGUACCUGAUCAUGGGCAUGCCUCACAGGGGUCGACUGAACGUUUUGGCCAAUGUGAUUCGUAAGGAACUGGAGCAGAUCUUCUGUCAGUUUGACUCCAAGCUGGAAGCUGCUGAUGAGGGGUCCGGAGACGUCAAGUACCACCUGGGAAUGUACCAUCGUCGGAUCAACCGCGUGACGGACCGGAACAUCACUCUGUCUCUGGUGGCAAACCCAUCCCACCUGGAGGCCGUGGACCCCGUGGUUCAGGGAAAAACCAAAGCUGAGCAGUUCUACUGCGGAGACACCAAUGGAAACAGAGUGAUGUCCAUCCUGAUACACGGAGACGCAGCUUUCGCAGGUCAGGGGAUCGUGUACGAAACCUUCCACCUGUCUGACCUGCCGUCUUACACCACGCACGGCACCGUGCACGUGGUGGUCAACAACCAGAUCGGCUUCACCACCGACCCUCGGAUGGCGCGCUCGUCUCCGUACCCCACAGACGUCGCCAGAGUCGUCAACGCCCCCAUCUUCCACGUAAACGCCGACGACCCCGAGGCCGUCAUCUACGUGUGCAAGGUGGCCGCCGAGUGGAGAGCCACCUUCCACAAAGACGUGGUUGUUGACUUGGUGUGCUACCGUCGGAUGGGACACAACGAGAUGGACGAGCCGAUGUUCACUCAGCCUCUGAUGUACAAACAGAUCAAGAAGCAGAAACCGGUUCUGCAGAAAUACGCAGAGAAGCUGAUCGCAGACGGAAUCGUGAGCAGGCAGGAGUACGAGGAGGAGAUCGCCAAGUACGAUAAGAUCUGUGAGGAGGCGUACGCUCGCUCCAAAGACGAGAAGAUCCUGCACAUCAAGCACUGGCUGGACUCCCCAUGGCCCGGUUUCUUCACUCUGGACGGACAGCCCAAGUCCAUGAGCUGCCCCUCCACCGGACUCUCUGAGGACAACCUGAACCACAUCGGACAGGUGGCGUCCUCCGUCCCCGUGGAGGACUUCACCAUCCACGGAGGUCUGAGUCGGAUCCUGAAGGGCCGGGCCGAGAUGGUCCGGAACCGGACAGUGGACUGGGCUCUGGCAGAGUACAUGGCCUUUGGGUCUCUGCUGAAGGAGGGGACACACGUCAGGUUAUCGGGUCAGGACGUGGAGCGAGGGACGUUCAGCCACCGGCACCAUGUCCUCCAUGACCAGAACGUGGACAAGAGGACCUGCAUCCCCAUGAACCACCUGUCCCCGGACCAGGCUCCGUACACCGUGUGCAACAGCUCGCUGUCCGAGUACGGCGUCCUGGGCUUCGAGCUGGGCUUCGCCAUGGCGAGUCCCAACGCCCUGAUCCUGUGGGAGGCCCAGUUUGGAGACUUCCACAACACGGCUCAAUGCAUCAUCGACCAGUUCAUCUGUCCGGGUCAGGCCAAGUGGGUCCGUCAGAACGGCAUCGUGCUGCUGCUGCCGCACGGCCUGGAGGGCAUGGGUCCAGAACAUUCUUCAGCCCGUCCAGAGCGCUUCCUCCAGAUGUGCAACGAUGACCCAGAUGUGAUGCCUAACAUCACCGAGGACUUCGCCGUGCGUCAGCUGUACGACUGUAACUGGAUCGUGGUGAACUGUUCCUCUCCUGGGAACUACUUCCACGUCAUGCGGCGCCAGAUCCUGCUGCCGUUCAGGAAGCCGCUGAUCGUCUUCACUCCCAAAUCUCUGCUGCGCCACCCGGAGGCUCGCUCCAGCUUCGACGAGAUGCUGCCUGGAACUCACUUCCAGAGGCUGCUGGUGGAGGACGGACCUGCAGCCCAGAACCCUGAGGCUGUCAGGAGGCUGAUCUUCUGCACCGGCAAGGUUUACUAUGAGCUGACCAAAGAGAGGAGGAGCAGAGGGCUGGAGGACACUGUGGCUAUCAGUCGCAUGGAGCAG